AGUGCAUUCUGGGAGCUGCAGUAUCUACGUACAAGCCUGACAUCGUGCUGCUAAGAUAAUUUUUGCCACACGUCUAUAAGGACAAGAGAAAUGCAUCAUUUGAAAGUCUAAAAACAUGGCAGACUGUGGUAAAAGGCUGCAAGAAGUCAGGGAUGUGAUUGCUGCUGCUCACAAAGACUGUUCUGUCUUGGAAAAGCUGCAGUUUUACGACCAGUGGGCUACACAGUAUGAAGAGGAUGUCUCAGUCUUGGAAUAUAAAGCUCCACGUUUAGCCGCGCUGGCAUUGGCCUCGGUGUAUCCUUUCAAUCGAGAGUCGAAGCUUGUACUGGACGUAGCAUGUGGUACUGGACGUGCAGCUGAAGAGUUGCAGCGCUGUGGCUUUCAAUUGUUUCAUGGUUUGGAUGGCAGCGCAGGAAUGCUGGAAGUUGCUAAGAAGAAAGACUUGUACCAGGAACUGAAGCAGAGCAUGCUGGGACAGGGACCAUUACCAUGUGACUCUGAAAAGUAUGAUGCAGUAAUUAUAGUUGGAGCUCUCAGUGAUGGACAGGUCCCUGUGUUGGUGCUUCCAGAACUGCUUCGUGUCACUAAACCAGGUGGUUUUGUGUGCAUGACCACACGGAGUAACAUCUCUAACUUGCAGUACAAGGCUGAACUUGAAGAAGAAUUGUCUUCUUUACAGUACAAAGGAUUCUGGGAACAGGUCUUGGUAGAAGAAGUGGAGCAGUGGGAGAAAGCUACAUCAGAAAAGGAGAUCAAUCAAGAGUCUGACUAUAUCCCCGGUGUUAUAUUCAUUUAUAGAAAAAUGUCAGCCCCUUCUAUUGUCAGUUGAUUACAUAUAUUAUUUGGUAUAUUUUGUUCAACUGUCACUCAAAAAAGUUCCUCAGAAUUUUAUAUUAAUAAAUGCCAUAGCUGGACAUACUAUGGGGGUUUUAUGCGGGUCUAUGAUAUUCCCUGUACUGCCAGAGGAUGCACCCAGUUUGGCGCAUACUCAAGCAGCCAGUGCUCCAGAAUGAGCUUCGAGCUGCUGUAGAUUUCUGUAUUCAUUUACACCAUAAAAACUGGUAGAUAAAUGUCCUAGACGCACCCCCUCCUCGCCCUCACCAUGCUCCCGUUUUGGAAAGUAGCGAGGGCAGUGUAGAAAUGCCACUUACAACAAAAUUUGUCGAAAGUGGUGUUUAAAAAGACACAAAAACACAAUGUUUCCCACUUUUUGUAACUGGCACAGGUUGAUGAUAAAUCUCCCCUUAUAUGUGCAACUGCACAAGGGCCCAACAUGCAGUGGGCUCCACUGUCACCAUAGAAACAGCUUUCCCCAAAUCCCCGAUUUCAGCAGGAGUGGCCAAUCAUCUAACGUUUAUGGAGGCCUCCCAACUCUUCCCUAGUGUAAGAUGCAGAGAGAGGUGUCGAAUUGUAACAUGCUCAUUCCUUUAGUUCUUGGGAAACUAAUAGUGUUGAUCAAGCACCAA